AUGGGUUGGGUCCAAGGAAUCAAAGAUCCGUCCUCCCAUCCGAUCACAAUUGGACCACUUGGAUCCACAGCUUUCUUCGUUGCAAAUUCCUGUCUGUCACAGCAGCAACAUUUGCAAUCCACUUUUGGUGCUCAAGAAGUCCUUUGCUAUCCCUUUAUAAAAACAAAACAAAAAUAUCCCAAUAUGCCUGUCGAUCUCUUGCACCCAACUCCCGAAAGUGAAAUGAGAACCCACAAGUUGAAGAGACUUGUGCAAUCUCCCAAUUCUUUCUUCAUGGACAUUAAGUGCCCAGGAUGCUUUCAAAUUACCACAGUUUUCUCUCAUGCACAAACCGUUGUUCUGUGCGGAAACUGCAAUAUCCAACUUUGCCAACCCACCGGUGGUAAGGCUCGUCUAACAGAGGGAUGCUCCUACAGAAAGAAGGUUGAUUAA